CACUUCUGUAAAGAACCAAACAAUCAGCACUCCCAGCAAAAUGGCAUUCAAGUUCGUGUUCGCUCUUGCCUUCGUCGCCGUGGCCAGCGCCGGCUACGCCCCAAUUGCCGCACCCCAGGUGUACCAUGCCGCCCCUGCUGUGGCCACCUACGCCCACGCCCCCGUCGCCGUGGCCCAGAAGGUCGUGGUCAAGGCCGCCGAGGAGUACGAUCCCCAUCCCCAGUACCGUUUCUCGUACGGAGUCGACGACAAGCUGACCGGCGACAACAAGGGACAGGUUGAGGAGCGCGACGGAGAUGUGGUCCGUGGCGAGUACUCCCUGAUCGAUGCCGAUGGCUACAAGAGGACCGUCCAGUACACCGCCGAUCCCAUCAACGGAUUCAACGCUGUGGUGAACCGUGAGCCCCUCGUCAAGGCCGUCGCCGUUGCUCCCGUUGUUAAGACCGUUGCCGCCGCCCCUGUGGCCCACUAUGCCGCCCCCGCUGCCUACACCUCGUACGCUGCCCCAGCUGUCGUGAAGACCGUUGCUCCCGUUGCCCACUACGCCGCCCCUGCUGUGGUCAAGACCGUGGCUCCAGUUGCCCACUAUGCCGCUCCAGCUGUCGUGAAGACUGUUGCUCCCGUUGCCCACUACGCCGCUCCCGCUGCCUACACCUCGUACGCCGCCCCGGCCGUCGCUCCUGUUGCCCACUACGCCGCUCCUGCUCACUAUGCCGCCCCAGCCGCCACCUACACCUCGUACUCCGCUCCCGCUGUUGCCUACCACCACUAAGGAAAAUAGUGGACGAGAUCGAAAUCGACGUUGUAUAUAGAAUUGUUGGCUUUAUUAUUACUGUACAUUUA